GUUUUUUAAUGAGUGUUUGUGGGUUCCCAUAAACAAAAUGAAAAGGAACUGACAAAGAAUAUGCACUCCAAGAAAAAAAAAAACUCAUGUGUUACUUUUGGUUUUGGUAACAACUCGAUUCUGCCACCUUUGAUUAAUCAAACCUUAGUCCACGCAAACAAAUUCUCCAUUUCAUUUCCUUCCUUAUUAUUUUCUCCAUCUUCAUUUAUAUGCAUAAGAUAUUGAAAGCAAAAAUAGAAAGAGUAGAAAGAAUCUGAAUUGAUGAGUCAAUGGAUACAUGUACAUGUUGCUAUUAUAGCAGCCUUAGUUGGAUGUAUUUCAACCCUUUUGUUUGUUUUCAUGUUGUGGUUUUGUCAUCACAAAAAAGAUCAAAAGAGAUUUGUUGAAUCAAAUAGCUUGAACAAAAGAGAAAGCCAAGAAAGAAAUUUUGAUCAAAGAAGAAAGAGCAAAGGAAGAAAAGAUUUGUUCAACUGGAAUGAUCAUCCAUAUCUAGCUUCUGAUGCUAUAGAAAAUGGAUGGUCAAGAUUUGCUUUCACUAGCUACAUGAGUAAUAUUUCAUCAAAAAAAUCAACUUCAUCAACACUAUUAGGAUCAUGUGGAGGUAGUGAUGAAUUUGGAAGAGAAAAUGAGGCUGAAAUAAACUGGGAAGUUUGUCAAGGAUCAAAUGAAUUCAUGCAGAAGGUUAGACUCAAUCCUGGUUUAAAAGAGUGUUUUUUUCAUCCUAACAACACUUCUACAAGUGUUGCUUCUGUUAUUAGGACUUCUCUGCCUCUUCCUGGUCCUUUUUUGGGGAACCAUGCAUUUCCACAAGAAGCUUAUUUUGAAAUCACUAUACUGUAUUCUUCUUGGAAUGGAGAUUAUGAGUUGGUAGGAAGAAGAGAAGGGGAGAAGACAAAACUACUCAUUGAAGAUAGUUCAAAUGAUGAAGGUGAUUUGAAAAGUGUUGAAGAAAUGAAAGUUGAAGGAAAAAGUGGAAUAAGUGAAUCUGUGAUGUUUUCAUUGGGGUUAACAGGUGGAGGAGGUGUUCCUUUAAGGGUUCCAGGAACUUAUCCUAGAAGCAUAGGGUUCAACUCAAAUGGUUCUGUGUUUCUUGAUGGAAUGAAACUUGUAUUUGAGUCUGAGAAAGCACAAUGGGUAGGAACUGAUACAGUAAUUGGUUGUGGAUUUGAUCCAAGGCAAAAGAAAGUUUUCUUCACAUUAGACUCAGAAUUGGUGCAUGUAAUCCACUGUCAAUCAGAGGAAUUCAGCACUCCAUUAUGUCCAACUUUGGCUGCAAAUAUAGACAUUAUGGUUUUAGUUAAUUUUGGACAAAUUGCAUUCAAAUAUGCUCCUGCAAAUGCACAAAGAACACCAAAUCCAUGCUUCAUAGCACCACUUGUACAUUCCCCUGGUGCUGCACUUGGAUUUGAUGACAGUAAGGAACUAUUCUCCAUGGGAAGGAUUGAUUCUCCGUGGCAGAAUCGAUCGGCAACAAAAGAAAAUCACAUCAAUGUGAAUAAUAACAAUCUAGCAUUUGAUUUUGAUGAAGAGUCUGAAGCUGACUUAUUUGAAAUUGUGUUGGAUGGUUCAGAAAAAUCACCAUACUCAGUGUCCUUAUCAUAGGUUACAGCAAAGGUUGCAUAGUCAAAUGUAAUUAUGUUGUUUCUUUUAGCAGUUAAGUGUGUUCCUUUUGGCGUCUGAUACAUUUUUCAAAUGUAUGUAUCAGUGUCUUACCUAGUAUUCGUGUUUGUGUCAAUAUUUCAUAGGCUCCGGCAUUCGCAUUUGAAAUUAUGUCUAGACACCAAAACAUGUAUACACUCAUUUUUUUGCUGCUUGAUAAAAAAUGAGCAUGUCUUUGCUGCACAAUCAUCAAUUAUCAUUGAAGUCAAUGAUCUCGACCGUUGAUGAAGAUUGGAACGGCGAAUAUUUGAUGUUAUGGAUUUGUCGAGUUACAAUUUGAGUCAUCUGAUCUUUAUCCAAUUGAUUAAAUUGUCUAACAGCAGAAAUUAAAGGAA